AGUAAGUAAGCUGGCCUUUCAAAUUGGCCAAAGAUGGACUUCACUGUGGCUUAGAGUGGCUCUGUCCUGGAGAAAUGCAGACUCCUUGCAUGAGUUGCUGGUUUUCUAGAAGUCCCAUCAUGUCCCAGGCUUUGGGAUUGGGGGAAUAAAUUAGUGGUUUAUGGUGCAAAAUAGAAACAAAAUAAAGGUUUUUGCUGCUUCUGGAAGACCUGAGCAGCUCCAGGGAGCUGCUGCAGACUCUCAGAUAUGAAUGCUGGGGGUUGGAGACUCAGCGAUCAUGUGGUGGAGAUAACACUGGGACCUGCUUGCUGGGACAAACAACUUGUUGGCUGAUCCAGCUGCAGGUGAGUCCAGCUCCCCAUGACAGCAGGCAUUUCCUCCCAAAGGAGAGGGCAGCAUGUGCCGUGUUUCCCAAGCCUGUCGGGCUGUGCCACGUUUGCUUACAUGUGGCUUUAUAAAAAGGAGGUGAAGAAGCUUUCUCUGCUCCUUCCCAGGGUUUGGUCCAGUCUCUCCCCCCAGCGCAGCUUUUGCUAUGGCUGGCCUGAAUGUCUCCAUUGCUUUUUUUUUCCUGGUUGUUGGGGUGUGCCAGGCACUCAGGUGGCUUUCCAAGAGGCUUUUGUCUCCUGAAAUGUACGGCUGCCUUGCCAGAGAACUUGCUGGCUCAUUACAGUUAUGCAUGAGCUGCCUUGAGCUGAGGAUGCUGGCAGAGAUCGGCCUGUGGGGUGGUGGCUUUGGCCCAGACGUGGUCCUGACUCUGCUCUUCCUCCUCUUCACUCUUCAUGGCGCCUCUUUUGAUGGAGCAUCUGCCAACCCGACCAUCUCUCUCCAGGAGUUCCUGCUCCUCGAGUCCAACCUCGCAGCCACUGCUGCCAAGCUGCUGGCCCAGGGUGCAGGCACAGGGAUGGGAUGGGCUGUCACCAAGCUCUACUGGUCCUUGGAGCUGACGCAUUUCCACCUCAUCCAGAACCUGAUAGCAUCAGAGUGCAGCUCCUCCAUCCACACAUCUCUGCACCAUGCUGCCUUUGUGGAAGGCACCUGUUCUUUCCUUCUCCACCUUGUCCUUCUUAAAUUACAAAAGAGUCACCUGAUAUACCGGGUCCCUGUCCUAGCUGCGACGGUCACCUUCCUGACCUACACAGCUGGACCAUUCACGGGGGCCUUCUUCAACCCUGCCCUGGCCACAGCCACCACCUUCUACUGCUUGGGGAGCAGCUUUUGGGACUACGUCCAGGUUUAUUGGCUGGGCCCCCUUGCAGGGAUGCUUGCUGCUCUCCUGCUGUACCAAGGCAACAUCCCACGACUGUUCCAGAGAAAUCUUCUUUACAGCCAGAAGAACAAAUACAAGAUACCCAAGACAAGGGUGGUGGUGCACGGGGAGAGUGAUGAACCAUGUCGGAAGAGGAAAGGGGAGAAGAGCAACUCUGAGCCUCGUGCCUGAAUCACAGACAGGAGCCAAGGAGGUCCCUGCAGCCCCUCUCCUGGGAGCAGGUUUCCUGGCACGGAGGAUUUUGCUGCUCAUCCCAUCCAGCAUCCAUCCUGCUCGUUUGGUCCCUACCACAGGGUCAGAUUUUUUUAAAGCAUUGCAAAGGAAUUGGCCAAGCUGGCCUUGCAGGUUCUCUGAAUCCCUGAGGUCCUUUGGGAAUAGCUUUGCAAGCCUCUUUAGAGACCCCAAAAUGUUUCAAGCCUGCAUCUCUAGCUCGGUGGGGGAAAAAACCCUAACACUUUUGCCUAAAUUGCUGGUGGUUUUGUAUUGCCAGGAAGCUGAGAGAAAGUCAGGACCAUUACGUGGGUAGGCUUGAGCAACUCCCAGGUUACUGCAUCAUGCGGUGCUUGAAAUAAUCUGUCUGGAUCUCUUGCAGCCAUUAAAAAAACAACAUAAACCAGCAAAUGCCUUGGAAACUUGGGAUCAGGAGGAAGCAUGCUUUGAUCUUUUGAGUUACUAAACAGAUAUUGGUCAAAAAUUGGUGUUCUUUGAGUUAAACUGAGGUCCUUGAAUGGCAGAGGCUGAACCUGGCAGUUCCUGGAGAGGAAUUAAAAAUGCUCCAGGGCAAGGGAGCCUACUGGCUGCAGGAGACCCUGCUCCUCUGUGGAUGCAGUGCUUAGCCUAGGUUUAGUGUGCUGUAAGGCGUCAAGAAAUGGUGCACAAAGUGUCUGUGGUUAAAUAAAGAGACCCAGGCAGCUGGUAUGCAGUUGUUGUGGGUGAGCAAGUGUAUCCCCAGGCUCCCCUCUGUGUCUACAUGAAAUAUUCCUAAAGAUAAAAUUAUGGUUUGUGGAAAUAAUAGUAAAAAUAAAUGUGAU